AUGGCUCCCAAGAACAACGACGAACAGCUUCCGUCCUACGAGGAGGCCAUCAGCAGCAGCAGUAGCUCUGAGUUUCCUCCUGCAACGCCUCAACGUCCUGCUUUUGCGCCCCAAUUCCCUUCCACUGCCCCUCAACGUCCAACCUCUGCUCCGUUGCGUCCUCCCCCCACACCUUCACGUCCAGUGUCAUCGUCGGCCUUACCUUGGACCUAUCCACGAGGCUUCUACUGCAGCAAAUGCGGUAACACUGGAUACAAAGUGAAAUCAGGGCAUCCCUGCAGACGGUGCUGGGGCCGUUUUGCACAUAGCGCUCCCAAUUCCAAUGUCCAAGUGCAGUAUUAUUCGGCAUAUCCCUCUUCUUACCACUCUUAUCGUCCAUACGGUCCAGUUCUGCAACACUUUGCACCGCCGCCAUUGAUGUCCGGUUCACCGCUUGUUUUGCAGCCUGGAGACCCCAGGAUUGGAGGUAUGAUGUGUGGACAGUGUAGAGGCAAAGGAAGAGUGCGAUUCCUGCUGGACAAAGAGAUUUGUAGUGUGUGCCAUGGCACAGGGAGGGUCUUUUGA